AUGUUAUACGAUCUAAUUGUCAUUGGAGGUGGAUUUGCUGGUAUUUCCACUGCAAUCGAGUUAGAAAAGAAAGAUCCAAACGCAAAAGUACUUGUACUAGAGGCCAGUGAGCAAAUAGGUGGUCGCUGUCGAAAUACAUGUGUUGGCCCAAAUGGAGAAUCAUCAGCUGGAUUUGGUGCUCAAUACAUAGGAGUAAAGCAAACUCAUAUAUACAGCAUAGCUUCUCGUCUAUCAUCUUUAAGAAGUAAUACUAAAAUUUAUGGCCACAAUCCAUGGUUUCGGACAUAUUCUGAAGGAAAGUGGUACGAUACAUCUGUUGAAACGUGUUGGAAUGGUAUUCAAAGUCUUGAUAUUAAUGCUUCGUGGUUAAAAAAGUUGUCCCUAUGUAAAACGGUGCUUCUCGUGUAUGCACUAGAGAAUCUUAUUAAUGGUGCUUAUCCGAGUUUAAGUUGGUGUGCUUAUUGGUUGGAUAAAUGGAAUGUACAAGAAUGGAUAGAUGCUCAAAAACUUCAUCCAUGGGUUGCUGAAUUAUGGGUUAUGGGUGUGAGAAAUAUUAUGAGUAUUGACCCUAAGGAUUUGAGUCUACUCCAUUUUCUCUGGUAUAGUGUGACUAACGGGGGGUUCUUUGACGAGGUUACAAAAGAUACAGUUGGUGGACCACAAGAAUUCUCUGUUGAGUGCGGUAUGGGUGGAUUAGCUCAGCUCUACAGUAAGGAAAUUCGUGGGGAUAUUUUACUUAACUUUCCAGUUGUUGAAGUCAAAACAUGUCCAAAUCAAGAACUCAUUGUUCGGGGUAAAAAUGGAACUACAUUUGUUGCUCGAACUGUAGCUAUAUGUGUUACUCCUGGGGUCACCGGUCAAAUCAAUUUUACUUCCUUUAAUGAUAUUCCUGUUAUUUGUCAGGAACGCACAAAUUUAUUCAAUCAGCCAAUUGGUUAUAUAGCACGUGUUGUCAUGCGUUACUCACAACGUUUUUGGCAUAACGUUUCAAUUCCCAAAAAUCUCAAUGCGAAUUUUUGUGGGUUUUCAACAGGUGCAGAUCCUACCCCACUAAAAACAUACAUGGAAUGGGCAUUAGACAUAUCUGAUCCUGCCAAGAAAUCCUACGCCCUUACUAUUUUUACUCGUACUGGUAUAUUUGACAAUGUUCGUGCGAUGGGUAUUACUGGUGAUCAAUACAAAGAAGAGGUUGAACGACAAUUGAAAGAAGAUGCUGUUAUAUUAACACAGAUGGAGAUGGCACGAACGGCCAAUAGUGUAGAAUGGUACGAAUGGAAAGAAAAUGAGUGGAUAAGAGGUGGUCCAAAUACUUAUACGCGACCUGGCGUAUUAACUACACUAGGGAAAAAAUUACACGAACCUGAUGGUCCACAUAAAAAUAUUUUCUUUGCUGCAGCAGAAUAUGCACCAGCUUUUGUAGGAUAUGUUGAAGGUGCAGUGCGUAGUGGUGAAUUAGUAGGACAGCAAAUUUAUGCUAAAUUACAUGGAAAAGGUGUACAAAGUGUACCAGUAGUUAGCAAAAAGCCAAACAUUUUACUUGCAAUUUUAUUCGGUUUAUUAUGGAUUAUAGUAUGUAUUUUAGAAGCAACGAUUAAUAUAAUUUUAAGGCUUUUAAGUUCAAUAUCACUACCUAAGCACGCAUGGCAACUCGAUUGGAUUUAUCCCUUUUUAUAUCUUACAGCCUUAACGAUUUCCUCACCAUAUGCAUUAUUUAUUCCACAGAUUUUCACAUUUAUUAUGGUAUCUCAAUUUGACAAUAUUACAGGUUUUAAAGCACUAGAUGCACCUGAACCUUCUCCAAUGCGACUUUUUAUUCAUGAAAUAUGCACACUAUUUUAUCUUUUGGUAACUUUGUGGCAAUCCAGUAAUUCAGAUUCAUUUGAAUGGAUAAUAUACGCAUUAAAUGGUGCAUUAUUAAUGGCAACUUAUGGUGCCGUGAUAACUCAUGAAGCUGCGCACAUAGGUGGUAGAUUGUCACAUACUUGGGAUAGUCCUGGAUGGUUAUUUAACUCGGUAUUAAUGGGAGCAGGAUUGCAUCAUGCACACCAUGUGAAACACUUAAAAAGGUUGGCAAAUGAAAGUGUUCCACUUGAUUCAGGAAUUGGAAUAUUGGAUGCAGCUGGUUUAGCUUUAUUUCCACAAAUAUGGUUUAAGAAGAUUAACCCAGUAAUACCAAUCGAAAUACGUUUGAUAAAGGAAAAUGAUUAUUUUGAGAUAAAGAAUAUAGAACCUAUUAAUGAGGAUACAGUAAAUGGACGAGAUAAAUAA